UGUCAUUUUCUUGGUUAAAGACUAGAAAGGAGAUUGGGGAAAGGUGGAAGGCACUCCCCUCUGAUGAGAAAAAGAGGUUUGUCGAAAUGGCUAAGGCGAGCGCUGAGGAACACGCCAAAGUAGUACCAUGUGCACCGAAGUCUGAAAAGGGUAAAAGGCAACUCCGCAUAUCAUUGAAGUCAAUUGUUGAGCUAGUUAACCGGUUCAACGAAGCACAAAAGCAGGCAGUCAUUGACAUUGGGUUUGCUGGCCUCCUGGGGAUGAAGUGUACACGUAUAGAUCACGACUUGUGCGCAUGGUUGGUACAGAACUUCGAUCCUGACAGUAGUUCAUUGAAUGUUCAUGGUUGUCAAGUCAGGCUCACGUGUAAGGCAGUUAAUGUUUUAUUGGGAAUACGGUGUGAAGGCGAUGACGUGCAGUUGGCUGGGUCAUUGGAAGCAUAUCCCAAUAUCUACGAUGAGGUUGGAGUUGUUAACGGAGUCAUUCCUUUGAACAAGUUGAGACUUUAUCUGACCGAGACUGCUGGUGCGGAGGACGAGUUUCGGCGGAAAUUUGCGCUGUACGUGUUGGGGGCCAUGUUGUGUCCUACCACAAUGACCGGGUUGAAGCCAUCGUUCAUUCAUGCCGUGAAGGACGUGAAUCGUAUGCGAGCUUGUAAUUGGGCAAAGUUGACACUGCAAUUCCUUCACAACGGUGUUCGCAAGUAUAAAGGUCAUCGCGGUGCAACUGGAUGUGUUUUCCUGCUAAUGCUGUUGUACCUUGAUUGUGUUUGUCUGAGCUCGACUACGACGCGGUCCACACCUCGGCUUCAUUAUUGGGGUGAUACCCAAAUACGGGAGACGCUGCGACGUAUCAGAAGGAAGCAAAAUUUCCCAACAAUUGCGGUAAGCACUCCUACCACUGUGCACAUUUCACACCAUCGACCCACUUGUCUUCAACAUACAAUGUCAGACUUCAUUUAUGCGUUUCUAUGAUUAGGUGGAGUUUGA